AAACAUUUUAUACAAUACGGCAAUUUUCUUAGUUUUCCUUAAAAAUCCGGCAAUUUUAGAAUUAGAAUACGGCAACCCUAAAUUUGUCAGGAACAACACUGCUUCAUUCGCUCGGAGCACUCGGAGCCAGGAGUCAGCGAGCCAGCCACUCCUCAUUAUCUGCUGACUAUGCUAUGACUGGCUCGCGGCUCGCGCUGUGAAUUCAUUCAAGAAUUUUGCGAUCCAAGGCGAAGACGCACGGCAAGGGAGAUUUAAUUUAAAAACUUUGAACCAUGUCGUGGAACAAGGUCACGUUCACAUACUUCGAAUCGAAGGCGCUGGGAGAGAGCGGUCGCCUCCUCCUCGCAUAUGGAGGGCAGGAGUUCGAAGACAAAAGAUUCAAUGCAGAAACAUGGCCAAAGAUCAAACCAACGACUCCAUUCGGCCAGACGCCAAUGUUGGAGAUCGACGGCAAGAAAUACGCCCAGAGUUUGGCCAUCGCACGCUUCCUCGGCCGCAAGUAUGGGCUGGCCGGCGCGACUCCUGAGGAGGACUUCGAAAUCGACAUGUACAACUAUUUCGUGGACGACAUCCGUGCGAAGGCUGCUAGCGUACAGUACGAGAGCGACGAAGUGGUAAAAGAGAAGAAGCACGAGGACUUCUCUAAGAAUGCGUACCCGGCUAUGCUCAGCAAGCUCAACGAAAUCGUCGAGCAGAACAACGGACAUAUCGCUGUUGGAAAGCUGACGUGGGCAGACUUCGUAUUCGCGGGUAUGUACGACUACCUCAAGAUGAUGAUGCGGAUCCCCGACCUCGACACUAAGUACCCUAACCUCAAGAAGGUCGUCGAUAACGUGUACUCGCUGCCUCAACUGAAGGCAUACCUGGCUGCCGCACCCAAACGCGCUCACUAAGUCACAGAUCACAGGCUUAAGGAUCAGAAUCGUGCUCACGGUCGUAGCAUAAACUUAUGUGACUACAACAUAGUUGAGGAACUCUUGUUUGGGUUUGGCACACAAGGAACAAGAUUUGCUAGUGACUUUGAAUUAUAAACACUGCCUUCUAAUAAAAGUGCUCUAUUUGGUGCUAUUAAGAUUACUGUGCUUAUAACAACGCCUUUUCUGACGUGUUAAUUUCACUCUGGAGCAAAAUUACAUAGGUACUAAAGGUAAAUAAGUUAUUUAGGUACAUUUCACACAUUUGUUUAUGCUACACUCAUGAAUUCUUAUAAGAUGAAUGUUUUCCAUUAUUUUCAUUAAAGAAACUGUAUUACUCUAUUUCAUUCUUGUAUGUAUUAUGGUAAUAAGUCCAGCACAAACGUGUAUAACGCUUAAACAGUGUAUUAGACAGUAUUUCUACAGCAUUUAUAAUACAGGGUGGCCCAGAAGAAAAUUCACUUUUGAAAAUUCAAGGAAACGAAAACUGUACAUUUUUGUAGAACUUUAAGUAUUGCAAUUUAAAGGAAAUUUUGAGCAAUUUUUUUUUAAAUUUACUUUUUUCUAUAAAUGUUAUCGUACAUGUGAUUCCCUUGACGUUUACAACAUUCGGUCAACAUACAUAAAAAUUUUGGAAAACUUUCGUUAGAGUUACCUCGAAAUGGAUUCAGGAUGAAUGAAUGCUGCAGAGUUUUUGGAUUAUGAGAGUAUACUCUGCUCAUAAGGUAACCCCACAAAGAGAAGUCUGCUGGAAUGAGAUUAGCGCUUCUUAGAGGCAGUGAGAUUUCACCCCUGCUUAAUUGGUUUGUUGCAUUGAAAGGAUGAUUAAUUUUUGAGAGCGCUAUACUGGUAGGCUGAAAAGCUUUUUGAUAUUAAAGCUGCAAAAUUCGCAAGGCUAUGACCGGAGCACUUGGUUUCAUCAAGAUGGGGCUACGUGUCACACUUCAAAUGAGAGCAUUUAGAUGGUAAGAGACAUGUUCCCCCAAAAAUUUUUUUUCAGGCAGGGGUGACAUCUCCUGGCCACCAGGAAGCCCUGAUCUCACUCCAGAAAAUUCUUUUUUGUGGUGUUACAUUAAGAAUAGAGUAUACUUUUAUAAUCCAACAACCAUGCAGCAACUAAAGCUGAGCAUUCGGCAAAAAAUUGAAAAUAGGUUUCGAGGUAAUUCUAACGAACGCAUUUCAAGAUUUUGAUGUAUGUUGAUCGAAUGUUGUAAGCGCCAAGGAAAUCUCCUGGGCGAUGUAAUUUAAUAAAGGUAAAUUUAAAAAUAAAUUGCAUUAAAUUUCCUUUAAAUUGCAAUAAUUAAAGUUCUAUAAAAACGUACAGUUUUCGUUUCCUUGAAUUUUCAAAAGUGAACUUUCUUCUGGGCCACCCUGUACAUAAGAAUAUUUUCUGAUGUAAGUACAAUGUCGAAGUGCCUAUUACCUAUUUUAAUAAAUGUUAUAAUUACA